AUGUGCCCUGGUCUCUCUGCUGAUCUUAAACAGAUAGACGACUCCCGCAAGACCGCCAUCAUCAACAAGGAACUGACACGGCUUAACAUCGACGUUGCCUGUCUCCAGGAGACUCGGCUGGCCGACAGCGGCUCUCUUAGAGAAUCAGACUACACCUUCUUUUGGCAAGGCUUGUCCCAGGACGAGCGGAGGCAGCAUGGAGUAGGUUUUGCUGUGAGGAACUCGCCGCUCGCCACCACAGAAAAGCUGACUGGAGGCCUCGAAAGAAUCCUAGUCCUCCGCAUGAAGACAUCUACAGGGUUUGUCAACUUCCUGUCUGUUUACGCCCCGACCCUCACCUCCAGCACAGAGGCCAAAGAUCAGUUUUACGAAGCCCUGGAGGAAACAGUGUCCCAAAUACCCCGCUCCAAAAGCGUAUACCUGCUAGGCGACUUCAACGCACGCGUUGGAUCCGACUGGCAAGCAUGGCCCGCCUGUCUCGGCCAUUUCGGUGUUGGCAAGUUAAACGAGAAUUGGGCAGAGACUGUUGGAACUCUGCUGCCACCAUGGCCUCUGCAUCACCAACAGCUACUUCAAGUGCCAGGAGCUGCACAAAGUGUCUUGGAGACAUCCCCGGUCCCGCCACUGGCACCAGCUUGA